AUGGACAGCGACUUAUCAGAGAUUGAAGUGGAUGAGGAGGUUUUCACAGAGUCUCCAGGACCGCUUGAAGAUGAUUUAGAUGCACAGGAGCCCGAGGAAGAUGACGACUACCAAUACACACCUGAUUAUGAGGAUGACGAAGAACGUGUCCAAGUGAAAAGAUCUGGAAGGUCAAGACGACAGCCUACGCGACUAGCAGAGGAAGAAGAUCAUGCAUAUCAACCUAAGAUGACUUCGAAGCGUGCUACAGUGACGGAUGAUGAUGAUCUUCCUACACCUUCCAAAAGGCGCAAGGCUGCAACAAUUGAUUUACAAAGUUACGAAGAGGAGGAAGAGGAAGAAGACGAAGAUCAGGGCCAACAACAUCGAAUCAAUAGCCGUAAUAAAAUGAUCAUGGAACUCAUGGAUGGGAAUUCACCCAGAAAGAGAGACCGACUUACUGAAGAAGAGCUUCAAUUACGUAGAGCAGAGAAUGCUCGUAAAAGAAAAAAUAUGAGCGAGAAGAAACUGGAGGAAGAGAAGCAGGAUACUAUAAAUAAGCUACUAAGAAGGCGUGCUGGAAAAUCCAGAAGUAACGUAAGUUUGGAUAAAGGAAAUCCUGAGGAUGAGGGUACUUACGUCAAGCCUCGCAGAGCUUAUCACUCAGAGGGCCUAGUUCGUGUAAUACGAACAAAGGACGACGAUCUUUAUUGUACCUAUUAG